AUGGAUACUUUUGGUUCUUCCUUGUGCUCUCUGAAGCCUGCAGGUCAUAAAAAUGACUCAGACGAUCCAAACCCACAUUUCUUCUCUGUGCCGGCUUACCUAACAGUGUCAGGACAACUGCACCUGGAGGUGAUGGCAGGGGCUUUUUCAGCAGUGUACACAUUCGGCCCCACGUUCAGAGCGGAGAACUCUCAAAGCAGGAGACACUUGGCAGGCACCUUAGAGAAGAGCCCGAGUAAGAGACAGAAUGUGGAGUUACGUGCUCAGCAUAUUGAAGUGGAUGGAGAAUGCAAUCCUGUGGACUUUCCUUUCAAGAUCAAGGAGCGUCAUUCUCUGGAGUAUGUCAGGCAGUUUCCUCACCUCAGAUGCCGAACAAAUGCCUUCAGCUCUUUGCUCAGGAUACGCAGUGAGGCUACAACUGCUAUCCAGUCAUUCUUCAGGGAUAACGGUUAUGUGCAGAUACACACACCAGUAAUCACCUCAAAUGACUGUGAGGGAGCUGGAGAACUCUUCCAUGUUGAGCCUGCAGGUCAUAAAAAUGACUCAGACGAUCCAAACCCACAUUUCUUCUCUGUGCCGGCUUACCUAACAGUGUCAGGACAACUGCACCUGGAGGUGAUGGCAGGGGCUUUUUCAGCAGUGUACACAUUCGGCCCCACGUUCAGAGCGGAGAACUCUCAAAGCAGGAGACACUUGGCAGAGUUUUACAUGGUAGAGGCAGAGAUUGCCUUCACUGAGUCACUCGACGACCUUAUGAAGGUAAUGGAGGAUUUAUUCAAGGCUGCCACAGAGCAUGUGCUGUCCUGUUGUGCAGAGGAUGUAGAGUUAUUUCACAAAUACAUUGCACCAGGACACAGGGAUCAAGUGGAUCUCAUGUUGAAAAGACAAUUUAAUGUCAUUUCUUACACUGAGGCCAUAGACAUUCUAAAGAGCAGUUCACAGAACUUUACAUUCAGUACUGAGUGGGGCUGUGAUCUUCAGACAGAACAUGAGAAGUUCCUAGUGAAACAUUGUGGAAAUGUCCCAGUGUUUGUCAUUAACUAUCCCUACGAGUUAAAGCCUUUCUAUGCCCGAGACAACCAGGACCAGCCCAACCACACUGCAGCUGCUGUAGACCUCUUGGUGCCUGGAGUGGGGGAGCUUUGUGGUGGAUCCCUGAGAGAGGAGAGACUAGAACUUCUGAGUCAACGACUAGCACGGGCUGGUUUGGAGGACACAUAUGCAUGGUAUCUGCAGCUGAGAGAGUUUGGCUCAGUCCCCCAUGGUGGGUUUGGGAUGGGCUUUGAGAGGUACCUGCAGUGCAUUCUGGGACUCCACAAUAUUAAAGAUGCGAUUCCAUUUGCAAGACAGUGGUUCACAAAACCUGUUCCUGGAGCCACCCAACAUUGCACAUUUGAGUCUUUACUGAGCUGAUGAUCUGAAUCAGGUGUGUUUGAUUAGGAAAACAUACAAAAUGAGCAAUAUUGAGGAAGUUCUAGAAACAGGUUUUGCAUUUUCAUGAAACGUAUUCAUCUUCUCUGUCAUAGAUAGGAGCAGAUAUUAGUUAACAGCCUACCUGAGAAAAAAAGAAAAGAAAACAAAAAGUAGUCAUUUGUUUUGAUUUUUUGAUUUGUGACCAAUAUCAUCAAUCACAUUUAACAUCAUCAAAAUAAAACCAUUCUCUUUGAUCUUGUGAU